AUGGCCGGUACAGAGACAAGCGCAGGGAACACCCAGAGGGGGAAUACCCUUCCAAAUGGUGACAUCUAUGUUGGCAACUUUGCUGGUUUAGUUCCUCAUGGAUUUGGAAAGUAUAUGUGGACAGAUGGAACUCUUUAUUAUGGCGAGUGGGAUACAAGCAAGAUGACUGGUAGAGGAGUAAUUCAGUGGCCUUCAGGUGCUUCAUAUGAUGGAGAUCUCUGUGGAGGUUUCAUUGAUGGAACAGGCACUUUCAAAGGAGUUGAUGGAUCUGUUUAUAAAGGUGCUUGGAGGAUGAACAAAAAACAUGGAAUGGGCACAAUGGUUUAUGCCAUCGGUGAUACUUAUGAAGGUUUAUGGAACGAGGGCUUGCCAGAUGGAUUUGGUAAAUAUACGUGGGUUGAUGGCAACAUCUACAUUGGAGGCUGGAAAUCUGGUAAAAUGAAUGGCAGAGGAGUGAUGCAAUGGACAAAUGGCGAUACUCUUGACUGUAAUUGGCUUAAUGGACUGGCUCAUGGAAAAGGUUUUUGUAAAUAUGCAUCAGGAGCGUGUUAUAUUGGUACAUGGGACAGGGGACUCAAGGAUGGACAUGGUAUGUUUUAUCAACCAGGAAGUAAAAUGCCUUGUAACCUUGAAGUGUCUGAGUGUGUAUCAGAUCACGAUAUUUCAAGUUCUUCGAGCUCUGGUAAUGAAAAUAUCAAAAGUGGCUUAUUAUUUUUAUUCCAAAAACUUUGCAACACAUGGAGACUAUGCAGCCUUUUCCAUUGGCCCAGACGUAUUUCAAAUGGCACCACACCAGUUUUUUAUGAUAAUUCUGGAAACAAUUUGUCACAAGAUUCAUCUACUGAGCCCUUGGCAACUGAUAAUUGUGUCCAAGAUAGUGGAGUUGAUAAAGUAUUGGUCUAUGAAAGAGAAUAUGUACAAGGAGUACUUAUCUCGGAAAAGCCAAAAUGCCAUGAUUCCGGAAUGCUGGAUAGCGGUAAAACACAGGAGCAUACCUGGCAAAAGCAAGCUGGAGGUCCCAUGGAGACUAUUUUCAAAGGCCACAGGAGCUAUUACCUAAUGCUUAAUUUGCAACUUGGCAUUAGGUAUACGGUAGGUAAAAUCACCCCUGUGCCUUUGCGUGAAGUCCGUUCAAAUGAUUUUGGACCUCGAGCACGGAUAAGAAUGUACUUCCCUACUGAAGGCUCGCAGUAUAUGCCUCCACACCACUCUGUCAAUUUCUUUUGGAAGGAUUAUUGCCCUAUGGUAUUCCGGAAUCUUCGAGAAAUGUUCCACAUUGAUGCUGCAGAUUACAUGAUGUCCAUAUGUGGUGAUGACAGUCUGAAAGAGCUUUCUUCACCCGGGAAAAGUGGCAGUAUUUUCUAUCUUUCACAGGAUGAACGUUUUGUCAUAAAAACCUUGAGAAAAGCUGAGCUGAAGAUACUGUUGAAGAUGCUUCCAAAAUAUUACAGUCAUGUCAGAGCUUAUGAUAAUACGCUCAUUACAAAAUUUUUUGGCGUGCACAGGAUUACUCUGAAAGGCGGCAGAAAGGUUCGCUUUGUUGUGAUGGGAAAUAUGUUCUGCACUGAGCUGCGAAUUCAUCGUAAGUAUGACUUGAAGGGUUCUACACAAGGCCGAUCAACAAAAAAGCAAAAUAUAAAUGAGAACACUACACUGAAGGACCUUGACCUUUCAUAUGUUUUUCAUGUGGAUAAACCAUGGCGGGACGCACUUUUCAGGCAAAUAUCACUUGAUUGUAUGUUCUUGGAAUCCCAGUCUAUCAUUGAUUAUAGCAUGCUCUUGGGGAUCCAUUUUAGAGCUCCCUAUAACCUGAAGACAUCUUCAUCACAACAGAGCAGUCUUGAAAGAUGCGGAAUUCCAGAUUGUGAACUGUUGCAAUAUGAGGAAAAAAGUUCCUGGAAGGGAUUUUUGCUUGUUGCUCAUGAGCCAGGCACUACAGUUGGUGGUUCCCACAUAAGAGGAAGCAUGGUUAGAGCAUCGGAAGCUGGUUCUGAAGAAGUUGAUCUUGUUUUGCCAGGCACCGGACGGUUUCGUGUGCAGUUAGGGGUGAAUAUGCCAGCUCGAGCUCGGAAAGUGCAUGAGGACAUGAACACGGAACUUGAAAACCCAAAUACCAUUGAGGAGUACGAUGUUGUUCUUUACCUUGGUAUUAUAGACAUAUUACAGGAGUACAAUAUGUCAAAAAGGGUCGAGCAUGCAGUCAAAUCACUCAAGUUCGACCCCCUUUCAAUAUCAGCUGUUGAUCCGAAUUCGUAUUCAAAACGAUUUGUAAAAUUCCUUGAGAGUGUUUUCCCUGAACAAGACUGA